AUGUCUGCAUUCCCACAACACACCGGAUCCACGACUCCCGCCCCAGUCUACAGCGAAGCUCCCGAACCCAUCUACCCUACCCCAAUCAACCAAGAGUCCCACCAAACUCCAGACCAAAUCUCACCUCAACCAACCGCCCAAUCUCCCCAAGCCAUGCAUAACCAGCCCCCAUUCGUCAACCAGGAGAAGCAGUACCCAUUCCAACCCGACUCCGUCGGCGAAGUCCCAAGCUACGAUGCGUCUGCGCCUCGCGACAAGGAAUACCCAAACCAGCCCCCGCAGAACCACCCGCAGCAGUUCUACACGCCAGCCGGUCACCCCAGUGGGUACAUGACAGCCGUGCCUCUGCACAGCGUGCAGUCAGCACCAUGUCCAGUGGACUGUCCGGUUUGCGGACAGCGCGAAAUGACGCGCGUUGAGGCGGUUUCUGGUGGUACUACACAUGGCUGGGCUGCGAUUCUUUGCUUCUGCUGCUGUCUCGGGUGUAUUCCGUACUUGAUGACUUCGCUGAAGGACGUGGAGCAUUCUUGUGGCAAGUGCAGUGCCAAGCUGGCUACUUGGCAUAACAGUGGACGUGUGCAGGUUUUGCAGAACGGUCCGAGGAAAUAG